AUGGAAGAAAUAAAAGACAUGUUCUUGAAUUUGCAACAAGACAUAAAAAAACAAAAAGAAGAUAUGGUAAAGAUGAAGGAAGACAUCAAAAACAUAAUAGUUAACAGCCUUACCGAGAAGUUAAGCAGCUUAGAACUUAAAAACGAGCUUUUAGAACAAAAAAUUGAAGAACAAAAUAGAAAGAUGAACAACUUAGAAAGACAGUCUAGACGCAAAAACUUGGUCAUGUUUGGUGUAGAAGAGCGCGAAAACUCAUACCACGAACUUGAAGAAAUGAUAAUCAGCAUAAUAAAUACAAAUUUUAAAGUAUCCUGCGAAACUAACAGCAUUGAAGCAGUACGUAGGUUGGGAAAAAAGGGAGAGAAGACCAGACCAGUAGUAAUAACGUUCAACACAUUAGGAUUAAAACUAAAAAUUCAGAAAGACAAAUAUUGUUUACAAAAAACCGCAUACUACAUAAAAGAAGACUAUCCAAUUGAAAUCUUAAAAAAGCGCAAAGAGUUGCAAGCCCAGUUAGAGAGGGAAAAAGAAGCAGGAAAUAGAGCAAUUAUAAGAUAUGACAAACUUAUCAUACUGAAUAAAAAACAUUCUCCCCGCAAUCAACCAAACAAGAGAUACCUUUCCGAAUCCCCGGAGACACCUAUGACUGCUAGCCAAGAAACUCAACACGUUGAAAAACAACCUUUGAAGAAAACCAAAGCGAGGAACAUGAAAAGCUACAUAACACAGACGCCCAAACUAGUAUUCGCCCAGAAAGAAGCACCUCAAAACCAAACAAAUACUUCCAAGGAUAAUGCAAAAUAGCAAUCAACACUAGAACUCCCACCCACAUAUCAUCUCCCAAUACGGCCGGUCACCGCGGGAGAGUUAGACCAAAACCCACUAAGGGAAACCACUUUAAAGAACAAUACCUUCAGCACCUUCAAUAUCUGCACCUUCAAUGUAAAAUCAUUAGCUUCCGAAUUAAAAUUUAUAGAGCUUAAGGCAGCGUUACAAGGCAUCAACCACGAUGUAAUAGGACUGUGCGAAGUCCGCCGCUUUGGUGAAAAGAUAAUCGAAGAUGACAAAUACAUUAU